AUGAAAAGAACUUCGGCAAACUCAGUGCAGAAAUCCAGCGAGGGACAAGCAUUUCGUGAUCAACCUCAACAACGACCAAAUCAAUCUCAGCAUUUGCAUCUGACAUCGCAUUAUCCACAGCAUGCCGUGGGACAGACAUUUUCCCAGUCACUAACCAACACAUUGCCUGUAAAUAACCCAUUUGCAGUUCCACCAUCGCAUCCUAAUAGCACAACUAAUUACGCUUCUCAUCAACUGACUCAGCAACUUCCAAGUGUUUCUCAACCUGCACUAAUGGCCCCUAAUUCAAUAUUGACACUAGGGCCAUUCAAGCAUCGAAAGGACCUCACUCGAGACUCGGUUCUUUCGACUUAUCAGAUCAUCGGCUAUAUUGCUGCAGGAACGUACGGUAAAGUGUACAAGGCAAAACUUCGAACAACGAAUGUGAAUGCAAAAGAUGGUCAAGAAAGGGGGAAUAGAAUUACCGGGAGUAGUCUACUGGGUGAUUCAAUCAGAGGCGGUGGUGGUAGUGGUGGUGGUAGUGGUGGUGGUGGUGGUGGCGGACCCGGAGAUAGCGAUCGCAUCACACAAGUUCAUGAAAUAGAAUCAAAGGGCGGUUCUGUACCGCUUGAUGAAAAAAGCGGUAGAGAAAUUGCAUCUCCCUCAAUACAAUACUAUGCCAUUAAAAAGUUUAAAAGUGACAACCAUCAAAGUUCGACAAGCAAAAACAAUGCAGCUGGCAACGGAGGCAAAAAUUAUAAUCGUGAAAUUGCCCAUGAGGCUGCUCAAUACACUGGAAUCAGUCAAAGUGCCAUUCGAGAGAUGUCACUAUGUCGAGAAUUAAACAACAAGAAUAUAACCAAACUUGCCGAUAUCAUAUUGGAAAACAAAAGUAUCUAUAUGAUUUUUGAGUUUUGUGAGCAUGAUUUACUACAAAUUAUCCAUUAUCAUUCGCAUCCGGAAUUGAAGCCCAUCCCACUACCUACUAUAAAAUCACUAACAUGGCAAAUUCUCAAUGGGGUUACUUUUUUGCACAAGAAUUGGAUUUUCCAUCGAGAUUUGAAGCCAGCGAAUAUCAUGGUCACCUCCAAUGGCUGUGUCAAGAUUGGGGACUUGGGAUUGGCUCGUAAAUUCAACAACCCAUUACAGAGUUUUUAUAGUGGUGACAAGGUUGUGGUUACGAUCUGGUAUCGAGCUCCCGAGUUGUUGCUUGGUACAAGACAUUAUACUCCAGCAAUUGAUCUUUGGGCGGUUGGAUGUAUACUAGCGGAGUUGUUGUCGUUGCGGCCAAUAUUCAAAGGAGAAGAAGCCAAGAUUGACAUAAAUAAUAAGAAACUGGUUCCCUUCCAACGCAACCAAUUUCAAAAGAUUAUUGAAGUUAUGGGAACGCCAAACUUGAAAAAUUGGCCAAGUUUGAACAAGUAUCCUGAAUUUGUUUCAUUUACGCAGCAAAUUACACAAACUUACUCAUCGAAUCUUUCACAAUGGUACAAGAUGAUUGGUGGUGAGAAUAAGCAAUGCUUGGAGUUGUUGUAUGGGUUGUUAAAGUAUGAUCCCGAAGUAAGGUUAACAGCUGAUCAAGCAUUGGUGCAUAAUUUCUUUUUGGAGUUGCCCAAAGUCACUGAAAACGCAUUUGAAGGGUUGAACUUGAAGUAUCCGAAUCGCAAGAUAUAUAUGGAUGAUAACGACAUUGGUCAAAAUGGGGGCAACAUGAAUAACAACACUAAUAACAAUAACAAUAGUAAUGCAGCAGGGUUUAAACGCAAUCUCGGGCUUGAAGAUGGGGGAAGCAAGAGGAAGAGAGUAUAG